UGAUGAACUACUCAUCUGCCAUGGCUAGUUAGUGAAAGAGAAGCCGCAGUGAGUCAUCCCAAAAACAGCUGUGCCUCGAAGCGUAUCUGAAGCAAGGCGGUGUUGUGGCUGUCAGCUGAUCGAGUCACUUGUCAACAAAACCCAAACUUGUUCCUCAGAAGAAGACUAUCUGUUUAAAAUCCAGGGAAUAUAGACUACGAUAUAGUCUAAAACCCUAUAAAAGAAGAAGAAGAAGAAACUUGUUCCUCAGAGCCAAGCGUAGCAAAGGGAGGGGGGGAAAAAGAGAAGCUCUGUGCUGAGAAGAAGAAGAAGAAGAAACUUGUUCCUCAGAGCCAAGCGUAGCAAAGGGAGGGGAAAAAAAAGAGAAGCUCUGUGCUGAGUGGCAAGGUUUUUUGGGAUUUUUUCCCCAACAGGUUUUUUUCCCGAUGGCGAUGCAGAACGUUGACAAGCUGCCCCUGGAAAACGCGCUGGAGGAUUCGCCGCAGCUGCGAUCUCUAGUCGGUGUAUUCAGUGAGGAUGCCCAGGCCCUGCGAGACUACGUGACCACCUUGCACCAGCUGUCCUCCAAGCUUGUUGCAGCACACAACCAGCUGACAUCUGCUUACCAGGAUCUAGCAAAGCACCUCAAAGCUUAUGGCACCAUUAAGUUUCCAGUGAAUGGUGAUGCUGAUGGUAUAGUAGCAUCAACACUUUCACAGUUUGCCAAACAUGUUUCUGAAAUGAGUUCUUGGGAGCACAUUGUGGCAACACAGAUUGCAGAUGGAGCAGUUUAUCCUCUGUCAAGAUUCAUUGAUACUGAACUCCAUGAGAUGGAAACUAUGGCAACUCUGUACCAGAAUGCUGGGAGUGACUUGGAUAGGGCCAUUACAAGAUACAGCCGUUGCCGUCGUCGGGAUCCAGAGCAGGAACACCGUGAAUCAAAUGAGGAUGUGUAUGUUUCGAAAAAAAAAUUUCACCAGAUGGCUCUUCAUUAUUAUUCCAAGUUGAACCUGCUACAGUAUUCAAGGAAAUCUGCUUUGCUUGAGCCUAUGCUGGGACUCUUGGUGGCCACAAGAGCGCACUAUAAUAUGGGUCAUGAUGCUCUUGUGACUCCAGAAGUGGAAGAGUUCUUAGCCAACAUUUCAGUCUGUGUUAAAAGUGUUGUUGAAGACCAGGCAAAGGAACGAGAAGACACACUGGAGCUAAUAGACUCCAUCAUUACGCAGUCACAGCUGAUGUACUAUGCGGAACCGCCUCCAGACAUCGCUUCAUUGCCACCCGAUACAACCCUCACGAAUAAAGCUGGAUAUCUCAAUGUUCAGAGAAAGUAUAUGGGUGUGAUGAGCUCCUGGGAGAGGCAGUUUGUGUUCCUGGAGGGAGGAAACCUGAUGAGUGUCGUGAAGGGCGAUGCUGCUGGAUCGCUUCUCUUGGAAGUGGACUUAACGACCAUCGUUCAUGCUACGGACACAGAUGAUCGGCGACAUGUCUUCCAGGUUGCUACGAGUAAAAAGUCCAUAACUCUCCAGGCACUCAACGACCGCGAACGUGAUGAAUGGAUGUUGACAAUCCAUAACUUGGCCAAGGAUGGAGGAUAUGUCAAGGAUGAGAAGGUGGCCCCAUCCUCUUUGUUCUCAGGAGUUGGCCAGUUCUUUGCUGACAAGUUCCAUGCUGCAUCUGCUGCAAUAGGCUCAACUCCUUCAACACCCACUACAGCAAGUGCAUCGCCCCCAUCUGGCACUGCAGCUUCUGCCACAAUGCCACAGGCGGCAGCCAUUCCCCCCGAUGCUCCUAUUGUGUUUGAUCUUCUCACUUCCCCCGAGGAAACGUUCACGCUUAAUCUCGAUAGUCAGAAUGACAGUGAACAAGAUGUCACGGAUGACGGUGCUGAGGGCAAAGUCGUAAAGCAAGAAACCGAUAAAUUCUUCACAGUCCGCUUCCUUGGGUCUAUGGGUGUCAAUGUUGAUAAAGGCCAGGCUGUGGUGUGCGAGGUAAUGCGCAGGAUUCUGGCGGCCAGGGCUAUCCACAACGUCUUCUCCACCAUGGAGCUGCACCUCUCCACAUCGCAGUCACACUUGAUUCUCUCAGAGCCUUCAACGGGCAAUAUUUGUCUGCGACAUAGUCUGAGCGAUGUUGCUUACUGGGCAGCUCACAGUGAAAAUCACAAGCUAGUUGGUUACAUUGUGCGACAGCGGGACACCGAAGCCACUGACACUGCUAGCUUUUCCUGCUAUGUGUUCGAGGCAGAGGGCAGCGGAACGGAAAUCUGCUGUGCCCUUGGCGUAGCAGCAAAGACAGCUUACCAUCAAAUUGUUGAGAAGAAGACACAGGAAAAGAAGAGGAAGCAGGAAACAAGACUCCUUCUGGCCAAUAUUGCUCAACUCCCAGACAUAGAUGAUCCUCCUCAGGUGAGCUCCGACGGACAGUUCCUCAUUCUGGAUGGGGACCUACCCGGCUCAACCCCAAGAACACCGCCUGUUUCAACCAAGAGCAGUCAGAGCACUCCUGCUAGAGACCCCAGAAAAGUGACCCAGGAGGAGGAUCCGGAGAGCGAAGCAUAAGAGGUUUAUCUUGGUAGACCUUAAACCUGCAUGUUUUACUUUUUUCUUUUUUUUUCUUUUUUCUUUCUUUCUUUUCAUUAUGAAAAGGGUACUCCAUUAUUUUUGGCAAGUUGGAUGUCAAUUUCAGAUCUGUGAACUCUUUGGGGCAAGUUAUCUCAUCUUGUUUAUGAUUAUUUUGAGAUAUUUGAUUUCUUUAUGACAGGUGUAUAUAUACAAGAUACAAGAAAUUUGAAUGGAUAGUGAGGAGCUCUUACAUACUUCCUUCAGUAAAGGUUAUAUGAACCUCUAAUCAUCUGUAGGAAAAUGAAUUAUCAAAUGCCUAACAGACAAUGAUAGAUUGUGCUUAUAUUUCACAGGGACUGAUGAGCUUUUAAAAAUGUGAUAUAAAAUUGAAAUGCAACUUUGCAAUUUUUUUUUUUUUUUUUU